AUGUCAAAAUUGACAUCGCUAGUUUGGACAAAGAAAGAGAUUCGUAUCUUAAUCUUAGGACUGGACAACGCCGGGAAGACGACGCUUCUAUAUAGACUUAAGAUUGGAGAAGUCGUUACGACAAUACCUACCAUUGGCUUCAAUGUCGAAUCAGUGACAUACAAGAAUUUGAAUUUCAACGUCUGGGAUCUCGGUGGUCAAACGUCUAUAAGGCCAUAUUGGCGGUGCUACUACGCAAACACUGCGGCAGUCGUCUUCGUGAUCGAUUCAACAGAUAUCGAACGGUUACAGAUCGCAGCAGAUGAGCUUGCUGCCAUGUUGAACGAGGAUGAACUACGGGAAGCAGGUUUACUAGUAUUUGCAAACAAGCAGGAUCAGCCCGGCGCAAAAGGGGCCGGUGAAAUAUCAGAAGCAUUGAAUUUAGGCGAGUUGAGGGACCGCAAUUGGAGCAUCGUUGCGUGCUCUGCAGUAGACGGAAGUGGUAUCGACGAGGGGAUGGAUUGGUUGGCGGUACGUGACUCUCGCCUAAAAGCUACCUUGAGAGCAUCACUGACCAAAUGGAAGCAAACGGUCUCAUCUGAAGCAUCAUGA